AUGGACGCGGAAAACUUGAAUGAAGACUGUGAUAUUGGAGACUUCCAGGACCUCGAGGAUAUGAAUGACAUAGCAGCCGCAGGGCUGUUAGACGCCUAUCCGCUGGCUGACCAUUACAAUCCCUUCGAGACUCUCUCAGACAAUGCAUUCUUCGAGAGUUUCCGGUUCCAGAAGACAGCUUGCCUCGAUGUUCUGCGAACGACAGUGCCACACCUUCCUCAGAGGGCCUCCCGGCGCACCGGAGUUCAGCCAUUUAUGCGAAUACUUUUUACUCUGCAAUACUUGGGAACGGGUUAUCCGUGCAGGAGCGCCAUACUAACCCCUUAUAAGAAUAACCACAAUCCGCCGCUGAACCCAGUGCAAAGUCGAUAUCAGAACCGUCUGUGCGCCGCAAGAGUCGUCAUCGAGCAGGCCUUUGGGAGGCUGAAAAUGAGGUUCAGGAUUCUUCUAUCCGAUUACCGUGGGAAAGUUGACACCAUGCCGACUGUGUGUUUAGCAGCAUGCGUACUGCACAACAUGGCCGAGAAGCUGAAACAGCCGGUUCGCGAGGUCCCUGCCGCCGAACUUCGGCGGCCGAAGAUCCCCACUAGCAGUUACGUCAUGUGGACGACGAACCACUGA